UCCAACGACGGAGGCAUCCAAAUGAAAAGCCAAAAUUUAGGGAAAUAUGUCUUUCGAAAAGAUUACAUAAUUUCCUUUUGAGACACCUUUCUUCUCCUUCUUAUUGUUUUGCCUAAAAAACCCUCUUUUCUUUUUCUCUGGAAAGUCAAAUAACAGCGUUAAGUUACAACGUUAACACCGACGAACCAGCUUUCAUUUAUUAACAAUACUUCAAUCAAUAAACAUUCUCAAACAUAUACCAAAACCCACAACACUGAGGCAGAGCGAUAAGACAAAAGCAAAGUGGUUUCAGUUUGUUCAUUAGAUCGGACCAUAAGUCAUCAAUAUAGAGAUUCUUAUGGCAAUGCGGAUGUUGCGAUUGAAAUGUGCAGCUCAAUGGGUGUAGAAGUUACAGACAUCUGCAUGGACAAGCAAUCAGAUUGUGCUAUAGUUUAUUCGAAUGGUGUUUCAAAUUAUGAAACAUUUCAUAGUCAUCACAAUGCCAUGCAGUCAUAUACGGAUGGGGACCCCGAGCUCCAAGGUACAGAUGAAGGCACCGAAGCAAAAGAAUAUGAGGUGAAGGAAUGCACUACUGAAGAUUCAGUUGUGAAAUCUGAACAAAGUCUAAUUGAGAAUGCCAAGGAAGAGCAGAGCAUGUUAAACUCCAAUCUAUACGCUGGCCUGCCUGAGGAUGAGGUCAAACAUGAAACUGCCAGAACAAAGAAUAAUAAAACGAGAGUAUCCAAACAUGUAUCAAAACCUGCUGCAGCAAAUGUUCGAACGAAGCACACUGUUCCGCAGCCAUUUGCCCUUGCAACUGAAAAGCGUGCUUCAUCUGGACCUCGUCCUGCUGUGUCUGAAGCUAAUGCUGGAACUGGUUUGAACAAAUCUUCUAGCAUAAAUUGUGCACUUCAUCUAAACACAAGAAAACAGAAUCAGUUGCUCAUGAAGCGUCUAUAUGUUUGGCAGCAGCCCCAAUUGGUCUUGAGGAAGCCUCUGCAACCUAAUAACAAGAAGCAUUCUGAUGAUGAUGAAUCUUAUUCUGUUACUUCUCUCACUUUGGUGUCUUCCCAGACUGCCAAGCCGAAGUCAACUGUUGCAUCAGCGCCUACAUUUCGAUGUUCUGAACGUGCAGAGAAAAGGAAGGAGUUCUAUUCAAAACUGGAGGAGAAACACCAAGCUCUGGAAGCUGAGAAAACCCAAAGUGAAGCAAGGACUAAGGAAGAGAUGGAGGCAGCCAUCAAGCAAUUCAGAAAGAGUUUGACAUUCAAGGCAAGCCCCAUGCCAAGCUUCUACCAUGAGGGACCACCACCAAAAGUUGAACUGAAAAAGAUGCCACCAACUCGUGCAAAGUCCCCAAAGCUAGGCCGAAGGAAGAGCUGCAGUGGUCCAGUCAGUUCAAGUCAGGGAGACAAGGUAAAAGGUACUUCUCAUCACAAAAAUCGUCACAGUUUGGGUAGUCAAAGAGAAGCCAUUAUUGCCACCACAUUCAGUUCAGCAAACAAAAAGAAUCAAAACAAUGUCCCGAAUGGAAACUCUCCUUUGGAAUUCAAAGAUGAGUCUUCGAAAGCACAAGAGAUGAGUGAGUUGGUUCCACCCAAGGCAAAUGGCCACAUUGACUUGGACAUUAAUUUCCUAUCUUGAGUUUCUGACAUUGGAAAUGACUCGAAUUUGGUACUAGUUGACUCAACCGGACUCAUUGUUUCUACUUCUAUCUGUGAUGUAGAAUUGUAGAAGAGCAAAAGUACUAACUAUUAUCUAAACUUAUGAACGCGGUGACGAUUGUGUACUUGAAUUGUUUCUUUUCUUUUGGUUGCCUGGGAAGAGUUGUGCUUGUUGCCUCCAUUAAGAGAUGAAAGAACGAAGAUAAAGUAAGGUGGAGGGGCCAUUAAAGCGGUGCUUUGUUAGGGUGGAAAUUUUGCUUUUUAUGGAAUGAAAAUAUGAUCAUUGAAAGUUCAUAAAGGAGACAAAGAUGCCCAUGGGGCCUAUAGAACAUUGUUUUGGUGGAUAUAUGUACUGGUUUUAUUAAAAUAAAGUAAUUUAAUAGUUUACAUACAAAUAUUAAUAAAGAAAAAUAUAAGAAAAUUUUUAAAGUUA